AUGGGGCCAGGUGCAUUUUUUGGCCAGCUACGUGGGCUGGAUGCCUUCGGACGUAUGUCCGAUGAUGUUCGGAUUCGCACCAAUGUGGGGGCAUUGCUCACGCUUACGAGUGCACUAAUGAUUCUUGUUCUCAUUGUGAGCGAGUUCCUCGACUACCGCCGUGUGCAAACAAGUCCGCGCCUAGAGGUCGACUUGAGCCGCGGCGAGCGUUUGGCGGUGCAAUUCAACGUGACGUUCCCUCGGAUCCCCUGCUAUUUGCUAUCACUGGACGUCGUGGACGUCGUGGGCGAGACUCAAAUGGACGUGCAUCAUGACGUUGAACGGCGCCGAUUGGACGAGACAGGCAAGCCUGUGUCCGAAGAAGUGAUCCGUGAACUGGAGAGUGAGGCGAAACGGGUUAUUGCGGAGCGUGGACCGGACUACUGUGGUGACUGUUACGGUGCCGAUCCUCCAGAAGGUGGGUGCUGUAACUCGUGUGAUGCUGUGCGAGAGGCCUAUAUGCUCCACAACUGGUCAUUCACUUCGCCGGAUGACAUUGAGCAAUGUGCGCAAGAACAUUGGUCCGAGCAUGUGCGAGAACAGAACCACGAAGGAUGCAACAUUGCAGGCGAGGUACGCGUGAACAAGGUCGUGGGCAACUUGCAUUUUAUCCCCGGCCGCACCUUCCAUCGCAACGACAUCCACACGCACGAUCUUGUGCCAUAUUUGCACGGAACAGGCGACGACGUUCACCACUUUGGCCACAAGAUUCACCGUUUCAGCUUCGGCAUGGAAGACGAGUUCGCCAUCGAGCGUACGUCGCGAGGAAGGCGACAGGGCCCCCUCAAGAACCGCAUGGGCAUUAAAAAUGCCCUCGAGGGCCGCUCCGCCAAGACACUCAGCAGCAAUUACAUGUUCCAGUACUUCUUAAAGGUCGUGCCGGUGGAAGUGCACAAGCUGAAUGGGCACGAGAUGAGCACGUAUCAAUACAGUGCGACGUCAUACGAGCGAAAUCUGGAAGACUUUGACCGCGGCGGACAGAUGAGUGGGCACAUCGUGCGGAUGAUCGAGGGCAUCCCCGGCGUCUACUUCAACUACGAAAUUUCGCCACUGCGUGUCAUUCAGACCGAAUGGCACCACUCGAUAUGGCACCUUGUAUCGAAUUUGUUCGCCUUGAUUGGUGGAAUCGUCACUGUCGCUGGCCUGAUUGACGGCGCUAUAUAUCGGUCUCGUCGUACGUUCAAUAUAGUUCGUGGCUAUGGGGAUGACUCUGAGGGGCUCAGCAUGGAGGCUAAGCUGCUGUAA